UUCGCUGUCAAAUAGGCAACGAAUAAUAACGCUGUCUUUCGCAUUGGAAAUCGUCGAUUAGACACUUCAAGCUGCUCAAUUAUGGAUAGUCAAGUUCUGUCGUACAUCGAGGAUUACUCCAUGUUCUACGCAAUCGUUAUUCUAUAUUUUGCUAGCAUCUUUCUGUUCGGUAUUUUCUGGAGUUGGAAAAUUCAGCGCCAAUGGAGGCUUUGCAAAAAUAGCAUACGUGUCGAUAGCUUUUCUAAUAGUUUGCGAAGUUUAAGAUCUUUAUUUUUGUGCUCUCCCAAUAGUACAUUCAAUGAAAAAUCGAAUUGUGAUUCUGUGGCUACAAAGUGUACCUUUUUGAGCGAUUUUUCAAUUAACCCUGAAGAUGAAAUUAUAAGGAAAGGUCAUGAGACCAAAGAUGAAUUGAAUUUUGAUAAUAACUUCCGGAGGUGGAGUACCCAUUUAAAAAACUUUAAAGAGCAGCCUAAAGCAUCGCCAUGUUGGUCUUCCACAAAGGUCACAAUGAAUGAAUCUAAUCUCUUGAGCGAAGAUAACAGUUGCUCUUGUUGUGAUAUUAAAUCAUCAGAAGAUUCUACUGCAACAUCCACAAAGAUACAUGUAAAGUCAAUAAUGAGUGACCUUGUAGAUAGGACUUCGCAACUUUUAUCAAUUUGGAACCAGUUAUCCAAUAAGCAACAUCUAAAUGAAGAUUUAAGAAAUGAAAAUUUGCAGCAGUCGAUUAAGAUCACUCACCUAGAAGCUCAAAUUAUCGACAAAAACAUUACUAUCGGCGAAUUAAAAGAUCUAAAUGAGAAGAGCAUGAAGCUGUUGAAGGAAAUGAAACAUAAUUAUGAGCAAUUGAAAAAUGAACACAGCACACUCAAACUCAGAAACCUAAGUUCGACUUAUAACCACAGCGAAAAUGUUGAGAACAUUUUAAAUAAUAAUUUGAGAAAUGUGAGCGACAUUUGUAAAACUAAUUCUGAAACUUUGCCAUGGUCAAGGCGAUCAAAAAAAGCGUCCUCCUCGUCUAUGACAUACUCGUUACUGUCAACUAUCUCUCCGACGGAUGUUUCAUCCUGUAACGAUGAUUAUAGAUUAAAAAGAAUAUCAAGAAAGUGGAAGAAAAUUUGCGCUCACUAAAAUGCAGAAAAAAAGAAAAAUUAAAUUAUUUUGCAAAUGGGCGUUUAAUUCUGGGAUUAAAUGAUUCUUACUGGAAGUUAAUUCUUCCUGACCCGUGAAAAAAUAAAUUGUUAUUGUAAGGCCCUGGACUUAUUUAAAUAUCCAGAGGUAUUUAAGGUGCAUUUUCUGGGGUAAAAUAUUUAUGCCUACAUAAUUUUACACUGGAUUGUAAAAUUUAAGAAUGAUAAUUUAUUGCGUUGUUUUUAAUUUUGUAUAUAAAAAACACAGUCGUAUUCCUUUGAUUGUUAUUUUGUUAAAAUUGUUACUCCUUUUUUAAAUAAAAUUUUUUUAUAAAA